AUGACAGAUUUAAGAUCAAGGCUGAAGUUGACUAAUGAAGAACGGAACUCUAUCGCACAAUGGCUACUCCAACACAGCACGAACGGGAAGCUUCGCCAUGGUGCGAAGAAAGAGGCUGCUGAAAUGUUCCACAUCGCCUGGAGGACAGUUUGGGCGAUCUGGAAAUCUGCUACUACACAACAGGUGCUGGGAUUACCUAUUCAGUUAACGAACAUGAAGAAGGGGUCAGUUCACAGAGAUAAGUGGAUGAUUGAUAUUGAAAAAGUAAAGAAAUUGUCGUUGUUAGAAAGAUCGUCAAUACGAGUCAUGGCAGGUAACUUAGGGGUUAGUAAAUCACUUGUGCAUGUAUGGGUGAAAAAAAAGAAGCUUAAACCUCAUACUAAUGCAAUUAAGCCUUUCUUGACUGCUGAAAAUAAGCUAUGUAGGCUUAAAUGGAGCCUGAAUCAACUUAGUGCAAUAAAUGAAGGUGGGUUCAUAAAAUUUCAGUCAAUGUACAAUACUAUUCACAUUGACGAAAAGUGGUUUUACUUGACAAAGAACGAGGACAUAUACUAUCUUUUACCAGGUGAGAAAGAGCCUUAUAGGUGCUGCAAAUCAAAGAGGUUCAUCCCAAAAAUAAUGUUUAGUUGUGUUGUGGCAAGGCCAAUCAUAGAUGCACAAGGAAACAUUAUUUUUUAUGGUAAACUAGGGAUUUAUCCAUUCAUAAUAGAGGAGGCAGCACAGAGGAAUUCCAUAAAUAAGGAGAAAGGCACAUUGGAAAUUAAACCUAUUCCAAACAUAAACAAGCAGAUCAUGAGGGACGGCAUGAUCACUAAGAUGAUUCCAAACUUUAAGGCCAAAUGGCCUGAAUUUGCAAGCAAGAAUAUUUUUAUCCAACAAGACAAUGCAAAGCCACAUUUAAAGCCUGAUGAUCCGGAGUUUGUAGCAGUUGCAACACAAGAUGGAUUUAAUAUCCAACUUACGCUAAAAGACCAAAAACCAGCCAAGAAUGUAGAAGAACUACUCAAGAAUGUGCAUGAAGCCUAUGAAGAGUACCCUCCAGAGAAGCUGAAUCAUGUGUUCCUCACCCUACAGAGUUGCUACCACGAAAUCAUCAAAGAUAAGGGGGGGAACAACUACAAAAUCCCCCACUUGAAUAAGGCAAAAUUGGCCAGACUCGGAACUCUAGUAGAUGUACUAGCUGUUGAGGAACAACUACUACAAGAGUCAAUUCAGUUUCUAAACAUGCAAGGAAUUGAAGAUCCAGGACAAGGCAACAUGGAGACAUUAAGGCAAAGGCUACAGCAGGUGGUAAUCAAUUAG